AAGACUUCAAGAUCGCUCGUUGUGCGUUAAGUGACCUGCUCUUCCGUGCCUAAGAAGCCGCUUAAGACACCUUUCGUGUCCCCAGUUGUUCAAAAUAGUUGGACAUCCUACUCUGUACCGUUACCCCUGUUGCCUACCCUUCGCUCGUAUCAGCGACACCGUACAGGUCAUUUCUUCUUGUUCCCACUUCCAGGCAACCAACAUGACCACAAGCCACCCAUAAGAGAUAAUUGGCAUUUGUACAUGGUAGCAGCACGGCUUGAUCCUACAAACGUGACACGCAACUACCAUUUCACAACCCAUUAACUACCCACCUGAGCAGAUAGCGAUUGUUUACUCUUCAGAAUCCCAGCAUCAUACUCUGUGCCAACAUCCACCAGGAAAUGCAAUCCACCAUGGCCACAGAACCGCACACCCCAGGCCCCCAGCCCGAUAAAUCAUACACCCUCAUGGACCUCCCCACCGAGCUCCACCUCCACAUCGCAACCUACCUUCGGUACCCGGACGCGCUGGCCCUGAAGCACAGCUGUCGCCACUUCUACCCGCUGGUCUACACAGGUGUCCACCUCAAGGUCGACUGGCUGGUGGAGCGCUUCGAGCGCAAGCUGGAGUGUCCGAUGGAGAAGUGCUCGUUCCGCACGGACGAGUCGUUCUGCAAUGCGCGGGUGCGCCGGAUCAUGGAGCGCAGGCGCCGGCACCUCGAGUGCCUGCGGUCCCCCGGGGGCUGCUUCGUCGUCGACGGGGAGACCUGUCAGAAGGAUCUGGUUCCGACAUGGCUGAAGAAGCGGGGACGGUUGCAGAGAGCGCGGUCUUGGGGGUAUGAAGUGUUUGUGACUGGGUUGGUUUUCCUCGUUCUAAACUUGCUGUGGCAUAUGUGUGGAAGGCUGCUUCUCCUCGCGGGUUGACAUUCGACCUACGGCUCUACUUCGUUCGCCUUGACCUGAUCCUCUGCCCGCUAUCGCAGCGUUUUGGACGCUCCGUCUUCCUCACGAGCAGCUGGCUGCCACUACCAUUUAACAAAGACUUACGACACUUAAUACCUUCCUUGCCAUUAGCAAGAUAAACACCUCCUGAAUGCGGACGAUCCUCGCUGGCCGACGGACUAUAAUCUUACCUACACUCCAGUCUCAACAUCCUGUAUACGACACCAACAGCAUGGCUUGAUACUAUACAACU